CUGUACAGUCGCCGGUGUCGAUAGCAGCUUCAUGAGCCGACUACGCGAAACGUUGCGCCGAUUUAGAGCGCGCCCAAGGCCGGGGCGGCAAUCGUGCGUUGGCGAGCGGCCGCCGCUUGAUAAGCGGCGCGCUGUGCGGCUGCGCGGCCGUCGGUCGGAGGGUCUCGGCCGAGCAGGCGCUCCGUCGGUGUCCGCACAUCCCGGCCGCAGCACGCGCGCCCUGCACCGCUCAGGAGAUGUCUUCGCUCUCGUACGUACCCGUGGAGCCGUACUCUGCCGACUCGGACUGGCGGUACCGAGCCGAGGGCGGCGCCAACAUCGUCAUCAGCAUGCCGCACCAGGGACGCGUUCUGCGCUUCCCCAAGACGGCACAUGCUGAGCCCAUCCAGGUGGCUCGCCUGCGCCGCCUGGCCGAUUACCGCAACUUCGUGAUCGCGCCGCUGCUGGGAGAGCUGGGCGGAUCGCCGUGGCAGGUGGUGCGCCUCUCGGAGGAGGACCGGCGCCGACUGGUGACCGACAUCGAGCCGAGCAGGCCGCCACGGCGCCGCGGUAACGCCAUCAACCCCGGCGGACUGGCGCUGAAGAUGGACGACUGCGCGGUGUUUCCGUCGCCGGCGGCCCCGCUGGCACCGCCCACGGCGCCGCCGCAUGUGUUCAGCGUAGAGAUCAAAGCGAAACAGGGCUUUCUGUGUGCAGAUGAUGAUCUGGGCGUGUGCAGCUUCUGCAUGAAGCAAUACCUCAAGCUGAAGCGCGGUACGGUACAACAGGUGAGUGGCUACUGUCCACUGGAUCUCUUUUCGGGCGAGUUCGACCGAUUUGACCGCGCGUUGCGGUCGUUGCUGGACAGUCCGCAGAACAACCUGAGGGUAUUUCUGGACGGUGAGUUUGUGUACGGGGCUGGCGCCAGAGGUGACCGCGACCAGCUUCUGGACGCUGUGGCAGAGGUGAUGGCGGAGCGACGGCCGCCGCAGGCCGACCGGCUCCUGAAGCUGUGGACGCGCCUCAUGUUCACCGUGCUUUGUACCAACGACAGCCAGAGCGUCCUCCAAGAGGAGGACGAGGACGAAGAGUCCUGCCGACCGGCCGGCUGCUGCGUUCCCGGCGCCGGCCUGCCUCCCCGUUCGUUCCUGGGACGCGUGCUGCGCGGUCAGCGGCUGGCGGCCGCCGGGCCGACCCAGACCUCCCAGCUGCUUGACCAGAUGACGGCAGCCGAGCCCAACCGCGUGGAGGAGGCGUUCCGCACGCCCUUCUCGGACCCGCUGUGGACACGGGUGGUUGCAGACGCCGACAUUGAGCCCGUCGACGCGCUCGAGGCUCUCCAGAGGUACAGCAUCGGCGCGACGAUGCGCGACGCGUCGCUGAUGAUCACGAUGCGCCGGGCGAGCGACGGAGAGGUGGACGCCGGUUUGCGCCAGGUGACCGACUCUGCCGGCCACCGGUGGGUGGUGCUCUGUCGCCUGAUGGACCUCGACCCGAAGCACGUGCGCCGCGUCAGCCGCCAGCGGCUCAAGAAGGAGAAGUCCAAGGAGUUGUACCUCCGCGCCCGGCACCCGCGAGGAGAGGCGAACCGUGGCGUGCCCAUCCCGUGUAGUGUCAGCGACGAGGGCAUCGACCAUCUGCUGGCUGUGUCAGGGUCUCCGAUGUGAAGAGAAGGCAUCCACCGCCUGCUGGCUGUGUCAGGGUUUCCGAUGUAGAGAUGUUUCAACCACUUGAUAGCUGUGUCAGGAUCCGCGACGGAUGAUCGGUGGGUGCAAGGGACGGGGGAUGACCGUAGACGUUUCGUUUAAGACACAUAAUUUCAAAUGGUUUUAAGUUCCUGGAAGAUGGUUUACGCAGGUGACCUUGUCUGGGUAGUGCGGAUCUUUCUUUGGCGUGAGCCUCGUUGAUACGUUCGUACUAAUUGACGGAAUGCAGUGGACAUUCUGAACAUGCUCCUAAGAAUUUCGAAAAGUCGGAACAUGUCAUCGUGAUAUCUGAUUGCUAUAAAGCCAAUUCAUAUGUGCGUAUUGAUUUCAUACAUAGACCGAUAAUGUGCGGAUCGGUCCCAAGUGGAAGAGCAACUGAUGUACAUAGAAACAUGCGAAUGGUAUGACCGUGUGUCCAAAAACAGGUGUAGUAUGUUGGGUGCUCUUCUUUGCCGGAAAGUUCUUCUGUUCGAGUAAAGGACUGGGCCUUCUUUGGCUUUGGAAUUAUGUUGAAGCUGGCAGGUAUAUGCUGGCGUGCGCUGUUGGUCGCUUUCUCUGAGCGCUGCACAUUUUGCAACACACGCUACUAUUCACAUUAUUUUACAAAACGUACAUUGGUCAUGUGUGCUAAAAUUGUCUUUUACUGGUCCGAUUUGGGAGUCGCUUCGAUAAUUGUCUUAAGGUCUUCAGGAUACCACGAGACAUUGAAAAACUUGUCCUUCGGGAAUACCAUGGCUGCUUGUAUUACAGCAUGCAAUUUUAAACUCGAUGUGCAUUUUUACUUUUCAUGAGGACCAACAGGCAUGCAUAAACAACAUUCAUGUGGUGUUUUAACAUUUAAGUGGUAAUUAGUUUACCCAAGGGCGCAUCGUUUCCUAUCCCAAGGUACGACACAUUUGCAAUUACCUGCCAUACGUUUUGGCGGAAAAGUAUAUUAAAUUAUUACUACUUUCUCCCUUCUUACGCGGUGAUUCUGGAGCUACUUUGAUAUCGGAGUAGCUAGACUGUUCAACUUCCCCAUUCAGCCAUCCACCUGAUCAAUGUCUGGCUGAGAAACCACAGGAAAAUGCGCAAUGUCUGUCACCUGCAUGUGCAGAAUGACUACUGACGAGCCGCUGGCCUAGGGGUCUGAACAAUCUCGUCGUCUGAGGGUCAGACGCCGACCCAGUGACGAUGGAUACGCGCUGACCCGGCCGAACCUCUGAGACCGAGCUGUCACGUGCUGAUAACAUGAGUCGCGCCAAGGAUAACCUCCGCUGAGACGUGCCUCGCAAUAUGUCCUUGGUCUCAGGUGUUUUGUUGGAAAUGUUUGUCCAUCGCCUGCUUCCGGCUCGGUGCGUUUUUGCUGAGAAUGAGUGAAUCGAGGAGAUGACGCUGUUUUAGUGAGCUCGGACUCGGACCGACUAGAAAGUUGCCAUAUUGCUAAACGAGUGCAUGUGGCUCGAAUGGUUGACUGAAUGUGAAAUGUCAUUUAUCGAGAGUGUUUGCACUGCGAAAGUGGCGAGAGAUCUUCGACGGGGGCAGUGGUGAUGGGAAAUGUAGGUGCUAUUGAGUAGUCUGAUAAGAGUGUUACGUAACAACUUGACUGAUCCAUCUCACCCUGUAAGCCGUCCUCACCAUGUUCUACCGGCCUACCCUGGGCUCGUGCCCGCCGGUUCGCCGGUCAUUUGUUGGUCUCCGUACCACAAAGACAAGUGCAAAAUGUCGUGCCAUGUCACUAUCACGCGCUCCUGAACGUCGCGUGGUUAUUAUUCUAUAUUCGCUCGCUCCAUGUGCCGGUGGAUUAUAAGAGAAUGCAAGUUGUUAGCCCGGUACGUAAAUGUAGAACCGUGUAUACAGGACUGUGAGAGCCGUCUUUCCGGCCUGUCUUUCGAGAAAAUAAAUAAGUAUACAUGACAUA